UGUGUCAUUGGAGAAGCACUUUCCUGCUCGUGUUACUUAUAGGGGUAGUGCUUACUUGGAUACCCUUAUAGAGUAGUUUCAGAGGCAUGGGCUGAUUGAGCCGGAAAAUGCAUGCCCAUUGGAAUAGUUCUUUAAUGCGAAGGCCUUUAGUUUUUAUGGGGUUCUACUGCACCAGUUGAUGUUGCAUAAGGUGGAAAGCAAGAAGCUUGAAGAGGGUCAGUUCUACGUGGGAAGCAAUUUAUGUAGAUUCGGUAUUGUGGAGUUUUCCCUAGUUACUGGCCUGAAUUUUAGCAAGUUGCCGUCUAUACAUGAGUUGAAAGAACAUCUUACCACUGAUCAGAUCAUCUAGGAAUAUUUUAAUGGUGAGGCGAAGGUUAGUUUCGGUCAGUUGGAAGUUGCUCUAAAGGCCUUGACAAACCCAGAAGAUGCAUUUAAGUUGGGUUUAUGCUACUUGAUAGAGGGGGUGUUGUAUGCCCCUGAGAAGACAACCAGCAUGUGGGGUGAUUCACUAAAGUUGGUUGUGGAUCUUGAUUACUUUUUCAAGUAUCCAUGGGGAAGUUUUCCUUUAAGAAGUUAAUUAGAAGAGUUUAGAAAGACAUAAAGAAGCAAUUGAAACACUACGAGGACAAGAAGAAAGAGGGUUCAGGAAUACAACAGAAGGAGUCCAAGUACAGUUUCUAGGGCUAUGCCCUCACACUUCAGUAUUGGGCUUUUGAGGCCAUGCCAGAUAUUGGGAGGAAAUUUGAUGAAAAGAGUGGGAACCAAAUUCCCAGGAUGCUCAGUAGGUCUACCAAGACCGAUAGUUUUCCUUCCAUAGCUCAGUUGGUUCCGUUGUUCGGCAAGACUCGAUUGAUGGCAUUUUCCAUGUUGAAGCCACGUCCUGGUGAGGUAGACUACUACAAUAGCCUCCCAUACGUUGAUGGUCAGUUAUUCCUUGAGUUGGGAUCAAUUGUAGGGGAGGUUGAGACUGUAGUGGAGGAAGUAGAGCCUGAGAAGGAGGCAGAGAAGCUGGUGGAGGUUGCAAAUGCAACUUUUGUUUUUUACGAGGAUGUCCCGAGGAUUGAGGAGGGCACUACACAGGCCGCUGCACAUUCCUCUAGUUAGGCUUCCCAACUUGAUUAUGAGCAGUUGAUGCAGAGGAUCCAAAGGAUUGAGGAGGGCCAUGGGACUUUACUUAAGAAUCAGACUACGAUCAUGGAUCAGUUGGCACAGUUGAUUUCAAUGGUCUCUGAUCGAUCCAAGAAACCAAGUCGACCCACCCACCCACACUCAAAUACAUAGUUAGAUGUUAUGCCUCAUGAUUACAAGCCCGAUGAUCCACCUUCCACUCCACAGGCCCAGAUAUCUGUUGUUGCUAGUGAUGCCGAUAGUCCUAGCGUACGAGUGUUACAGCCUGAGGAGGCAGUUGGCCUUGAAUUUAUUGGGAAGAAAUGCAAGCCUAAGCGUUAUGAUGACUUCACCGACCCGACGAAGAGGCCGAAGAUCAGAUAAACAUGCACUAGUUAUGGACCCUUUGAGGAAGUGUGACCAGCAGCAAGAGAAGAGUUUCCAUAAGUGGCUGAUCAGGAAGAUUGACAACAAGAGGGAUCAAUUUGUCCAUACUUGGACACACGACGUGGCAUGGUUCUUGCAGUUGCACACCAUUCGAACUUGGCUCUGAGAUUCGGUAUGUAAAUUACAAUUAUGUUUUAUAUUCAAUCCUUAAACAUAUUGAUGGUAUUGAUGAAAUUACAUGUUUUUUCAUCAUAUUGAUGCCGCUCUGCACAUGCUACGCCGUCGACGCCACUUUUAUCACGCCGCAUUUCGGUAGGAUGCUACUAUCAUGAACACCACCUUCCCCCAGCUGUGCCUAGGUCAUUGGAAUCAUUUCAAGGAGAUCAGGGAGAAGUAUACAUGGGAUGAGGACUUGCUUAAAUUGUUGAAGGGUGACCCAGAUCAAUACAUCGUAUUCUGGGCAGUUGUUGAUGAAGUAUAUUUUUCCUUGCACAUCCCACAAGCACAACAUUGGGUCACCAUUGAAGUGUCCAUUCCAUUGUGGCGCAUUAACAUAUAUGAUUCCAACCAUACCUUGCUUAGUCAGUCUCUGUUAACGGAAGUCAUUAAGCCUUGGUGUUUAUUGAAGCCUUCAUUGUUGUACAUGUCUGGCUUGUUUGACGACCAUGAGGAGCUCCAAUUGCAACCUGGCCAGAAACCAAAGCCAUUCCAGUACUGUUGUCUUAGCCCUAAGGAGGUGCCUCAGACUAAGACAAGGUAUUCCCCUAUUUAAUUAGUAGUUGAUAAUUUUUUUUUUUACUUAAAGUGCAUAGUGUUGUUAUAGCAAAGCUUUAAUAUUUAAAAGGUUGUC